AUGAAAAGAUAAAAGUAAUUUGAACUCAAAAUAAACGAAAAAAUCUAGUAGCCUUAUACACCAUUGAGGAUGAGCCCCAGUUUUCGUAUUAAAUUUUAAAGCCCAACAAAAGUUUAAAAAAUAAAAUACAUUUAUUAAAAAGACUUAAAGGAAUAUGAAAGUCAUUAUUUUGACUAAUUUGCUGACACUUAUCGUAUCCCAACUAUACAUACUCAACGAGCAGCAAGUCUAAAAUAAACCUAGAUGCAAUUGAGAUAACAAACUCCUAAUUAUAUGUAAUUGAAUCCCAAAGAUUCCGAGCAAGAGAGUGAUAAAUUGUCAGAAUUCUUAAGAAUUAUCAGAGGCAAAAAGCAAGUAAGAAUUAUUGAACAUUAAUAAUGA